AUGGCAGAACACUCUCCUCUGAGCAAUUCAAUCCCUAUGCAUGACUCCGUUCUGCACGACUCGGGCUCCGAUAUUGCCUCGGAGGAUCGAGGGAACAACACCCCUGCAGACGGCAGCGGCCACAGCUUGAAUGAAUCAGGACCGUCAACACCGCUUCAGACCACCGACAGUGUCACAGACAAUGUCACCGUCAAGCCAUACGCCAUCGAAGAGCCUGACGAUGACCGGCCGGACGAUGACUGGGCUCCGGUCGCCCAGAAAGAACUACCUUGUCUUCCGGACAAUUUUGAACGCUGGCAGCGUGAACUGGCCGAUUACAUGAAUGAUCUGGACUCGGCCACGGACUCUUCCCACGCAUGGACCCAUCCAAGUAGUCCCAAAAGAGGCAAGAAGAGAAAGCCAACCGGCACAGGCCACCUCCAUCCUCUGAACUGUCACCCGUUCGGAUCACGAAGCAGAUCGCAAGAUACCCAUUCUACAGGCCUCUGCCCCAAGAGACCACGACGACGCAGCAAACACCCCAAGGAAGAUGGUCCCAUCUCGCUACACGAUUUCCGAGAAGCUAGAGAAGCCCAAUCGAGCGCCAGCUCGAGCCCUGACGGGCGAUCGACCGAUACGAGCAGUACGGAGACGAUGAACGAUACUCCGAUGGGCGACGAGAUGGACAUCGACUGA